AUGAGCGCAACAACCAUGAUGGAUGCUGUGAUAUUCAAGGGCCCCUUCCAGAUGGCGACUGAAAAACGCCCCAUACCCCAAAUCAUCGACCCAACAGAUGCGAUUGUGAAAGUUUCGGUGGCUGGGAUAUGUGGUAGUGAUUUACACUUUUAUCGAGGUCAUCAAAAAAUGGAGCCAGGUUGUAUCUGUGGACACGAAUUCGUCGGCCACGUUCACGAAGUCGGAUCUAGUAUCAAGAACUUCAAGUCCGGCCAGAAAAUCGUGUGCACUUUCACCGUCACAUGUAUGGAAUGCUGGUUUUGCCAGCACGGCUACACGAACCGUUGCAUACGGGGCAAAUCGUUCGGCUCGUUGGGCUUUGAUGGCGGCCAAGCUGAAUACGUGCGCGUCCCUUUUGCCGAUGGCACCCUGCAACCCGCGCCCACGGCGGUGGACGACGAAUUACUGAUCAUGAUGUGCGACAUCUUCCCGACGGGCUACUACGGCGCCGUCCGUGCGAUCCAAUACUUCGAAUCCCACACACGUGAACUGGAAUCGAUAAACCAAACCCGUCCGAUGUUCCAAAUCCAGUCACUGCAGGACACUGUCUUCGUAUGUCUCGGGUGCGGGCCCGUCGGUCUGUGCUCGAUAUUGACUUGUCUGACCAAGAAGGUCGGUAAAGUCUUUGCGGUCGAUGCGGUGGACGACCGACUGCGUGAAGCCGAGAAAUGGGGUGCGAUUCCGCUGAAGCUAGGCAAAGAUGAUAUCAAAGCCAGAAUCCUCGAGGCGACAGACGGUCGAGGCGCAGACGCCGUCAUCGAGCUCGUGGGCAAUGCGCUCGCUUUGAAAUCCGCAUUCGACCUGGUAAGGCCCGCGGGCUGUAUAUCUUCAAUUGGGUUUCAUCAGGGUGAAGUGCCUUUCACAGCGUGGGAGGCGUAUUCAAAGAAUUUGAACAUCAAUAUGGGGAGAGCACCAGCGAGACGAGUCUUCAAUGAUGCAUUGGACGUCUUGGUUGCAAACUCCGACAAGGUUCGGGAAUUUGUCACGCAUAAACUACCAAUUUCAGGAGCAGCAAAGGGAUACGAGAUAUUCGAAAGGCAAGAGGCGAGGAAAGUCGUCUUGGUAGUCGGGGAGGAAGCACAUAAGUAA